AUGUUCAUCAUCUGUUACUAUUGCUUUGCAUCGAUCGCGCUGUUUGCCUGCCUGGCCGCUCUAACGCACGCCGAGCCACCACUGCCACAGAAUCAAUACCUGCCGCCCAACCAGGCUCCACAGGCUCCAUCCAACAACUACCUGCCCCCCACUCAGAACUACCAGACACCCUCCAACAACUAUCUGCCACCCCAGCGCGCCGCUGCCCCGCCCAGCAACAGCUACGGCGCCCCCGUUGCACAGCCCCAAAGCAACUAUGGCGCUCCCUCCCUAACAUCGGCUAUAUUCAAGGGUCAGAACGGUGGUGGCGCAUCCAGCGGCUAUGGCGGUGGUAACGGUGGCGGCUAUGGCGGUCAGCGCGAUGAGGAGCAAUACGGUCCAGCUAAAUACGAGUUCAAAUAUGACGUGCAGGACUACGAGUCGGGCAAUGACUUCGGCCAUAUGGAAUCCCGCGACGGCGACCUGGCUGUGGGCCGCUAUUACGUUCUGUUACCCGAUGGUCGCAAACAGAUUGUGGAAUACGAGGCUGACCAGAACGGCUAUCGUCCCACCAUUCGGUACGAGCAGACGGGCAAUGGCAAUGGCAACGGCAACGGUGGACGCAACAGUGGCUACAACAAUGGCGGUGGUGCCGGUGGCUACGACAACAAUGCGCAGGGAAAGUUCGGCGGCUAUCAAUAA